AUGUCCGACAUGGAUCGACCUCCGCGCAUUAAACCAAGCCGAACGACUUCCAGCGCCCGCGCCAAGGCAAGUCCAGCUAUCCAGCAGCUCCUCCGUCUCAGCGGUCGUCCCUGGCGGCGCGAUUCGAUCGUGCAGCAGUUCACCUCCUUCCUCUCGCGACCGCGCCCGCUGCGCGCCGUCGACGAUCAGCAGCACACGGUCUGGCUCUUCGACAACACCGCCUACCAGCGGUCCACAAGGCGCUCGCCCGGCGGAUCCCCGGCAUGGUACGCCGAAGUUGUCGCGUGCGUGUUCGAGAAGGACAGCCGCAAGGACAUGAGCAAGCUGGUGGCGACAAUCGCAGACCUCAUCGGGCUGGACGGCGAGAUCGGCACGGAGCGCAACACGCGGCAUCGCAUCGCAGAGCGGCUGCGGCCGUUCCUGUGGCAGACGGUGCCGGCGCAACUGAUGAUGCUGGAGAUGCCGCUACCCAACCACACGACGCUGAUCCACCAGCUGGGGCCGACGGACCACAACGGCAUCAGCAGCCAGGUCAUCAACACGGGCACGCGGUCGCUGACGGACGGCGCCGUCGUGCGCGGCUACCUGCGCGGUUGGCCCGACGAGGUCGCCAUGAACACCGUCUUCGCCGGCCCCGACGGCUGGCUUGUCAUCUCCGAUAUCGACGACACCAUCAAGUACACCAAGACGUCCGAGUCGACCGGCAUCCUGCGCACCACCUUUGUCGACGACCCGCGCCCCAUCGCCGGCAUGCCCGCGCUGUACACACAUAUCCAGCGCGAGCUGCGUCCCGUCUGGUUCUACCUCUCCGCCUCGCCGUACAACCUGUACCCGUUCCUGCGCCGCUUCAUCCACGACCACUACACGCCCGGCACGUUGAUCCUGCGCGACUCGUCCUGGAUGGACAUCAGCGAGCUCGUCCGCUCGUUCACCGUCCACACCAUGGAGUACAAGAAGGACCCGGAGACCUACGCCGAGAUCUACAAGCGAUACCCGGGCUGGAUCCAGGCCAUCUGGAUCCGAAAGGUCACCGACGUGCCGCAUCUGGAGGAACAGAACUCCCGCGAGCGCUUCGAGUCCGCAUUCAAGGAUGUGCCCCAUCAUAUCUGGCGGCCAAGUGAGUCGCAUCACCCUACGAUAUCAGUACCAUUAAAUCCGAUUGCCGCCCACCACACGUCCAACGGCAACUACCAAACUGCGCUACACCUUCGACCGAACGACUACAUCCAGAUGAAGCCCGCAAAACCCUACUCCACGACGAUGGAUGAACAGACCUUCGUGCCGCCGACCAUGCGCGCGCUCUACCACCGUCCGGCCUCGACGGCCAUCACCGACCUGACAGCGCUGGACGCCCCGCGCGUCGACUCAGGCAUGAUCUUCGACACGGACUUCCCGACGCCGCGACCGUCCGGAAACCAGUACCUCAUCAAGGUGCAGACGGCGGCGUUCUCGCACGACGAGCUGCGGCUGUCGCACAUCCUCAACCCGUCCAAAUCCAUCCCGCAGAUCCCGCUGCACAACUUCUGCGGCACCAUCAUCUCCACCCCGACCGAAGACCACCACAGCGCGACCGGCCCCAAAUUCCAUGUCGACGACGUCGUCUUCGGCCUCAUCAGCUACACCCGCGACGGCGCCGCCGCCGACUACGUCGUCGCCACUCAGGACGAGAUCGCCCUCAAGCCCCGCAACAUCUCCGCCGCCGAGGCCGCCGCCAUCCCGCUGCCCGCCUUAACCGCCUGGCAGGCACUGUUCACCUACGCGGGCCUGACGCCCGGCGGCGACGACGACGCAGACGCGGGCUCGAACCGACGGGCGCCGCUGCGCGUGCUGGUCACGAACGGGCGCGACAGCGAGGUCGGCGCGCAGGUGCUGCGGCUGCUGCGGGCGACGGCGCUGUUUCCGGGCCCGCGGCCGUGGGUGUGCCUGACAUGUUCGGGCAGCGCGCACGACGAGCAGCUCCGCGCGGACGGCGAGGUGGACGAGAUCGUUGAGGCGUCGCUGCCGCUGGCGCAGGACUUUGAUCUGGGGCGCGUCUUCCGCGAGCGCGGCUGGGCGCCCGUCGAUCUAGUCGUCGACUGCGCCGACCGGCAGAUGUUCGGCCUGGCGCAUUCGCCGGACGUCGUGCGCGAGAAUGGCACCGUGCUCACGGCCGUGGAUGACACGGCCGCGCUGUCGUCGACGCACCGCGAGGGCACGGUUUCCGGCGACGCGUCGCGCGACCAGGGCAUCUUCAGUCGAUUUGUGGCGGUGCGGCCGGAUGGCGAGGCGCUGGCGCGCAUUGCGAAGCUCGUCGAGCAGGAUGUCGUGCGGGGCCGCGUGCAGACCAUCGUGGACUUUGUCGACGGCGCGGAUAUCUUGUCGUUUGGGGCGGCGGGCGCGGCGGGUGGCCGGCGAGGGGGGAUUAUCGUGUUUCGGGUGAAUGUCUGA